AAGUAUCAGUGUGACGUCAGUUUGUUAUGCGCACCAGCUGAUCUCCAGCCAGAGCCUACGGAAAACACUACUCACACGCAACGAAACGUUACCCCUCUCGAAAAUCGUAAACACAAAAUCGUUUUCGUGGAAUUAGGAGGAAAACGCGACAGGGCGGUAAAUGUUUACAGAUGAAGACAGCGGGUCGUUUAGUCGCGCGAGCUCUUGAGCGCAGCACUGAGAGACAAAACACACUGGCCUGCUGCUCCUGAGGGUCCCUUAUCUGAAGCUGUUGUUUUGACGCUCUGCCUCCACAUAAUUAUAUAACGCGAUGGAAACGAUUCUUACCUGCUUAGGAAGUCGUCUGUUGGACGGUUUCGCUGGAGAUAUAUAAAAAACGCCAGAGCCUCAUAAUACUGUACUUUCAAUGCAAAUCAGCUAGAUUACAAGGAAAACUCUUCCGUCUGCAAGAAAAAUGUGGUGGAAACUCUUCUUUUUGCUCCUGUAUUUUUUCAUGUUAUUCAUCCUGGCUCGGUUUUUUGAAGCCAUCGUCUGGUAUGAGACGGGAAUUUUCGCCACCCAGCUGGUGGAUCCGGUGACAUUGAGCUUCAAGAAACUCAAAACCAUUCUGGAGUGUCGUGGAUUGGGAUACUCCGGCCUGGCAGAGAAGAGGGAUGUGAGGGAACUGGUGCAAAACUCGGGGGAGCUGAUGCAAGGGGAGCUCUACUCCGCUCUCAAGAAUGAGAAGGAGCAAGUGGGAUCUGACUCCAGCACCACUUUCAAUGGAGAAAUGCACUUUUAUGAAUUAGUGGAAGACACUAAAGAUGGUAUCUGGUUAGUUCAGGUAAUAGCCCAAGAUAGAAAUCCACUGUUGAGCACUGCCAACUGGGGAAAAAUGGUACAGAAAGUUUCUCAGUUUGGCAUUCGAACAGGCACUUUCAACUGCUCGAGUGACUCAAGGUAUUGCCAUAAACGGGGCUGGAUGAAGUCCACCCUCAUCAUGUCUGUCCCGCAGACCAAUGCAUCCAAAGGGAAGGUCAUGUUGAAGGAGUACAAUGGCAGACGCAUCGAAACAGAGCACAUCUUCAAAUGGAUGACUGCACACGUUGCCUCGCGCAUCAAAACCAUACGUUUCUCUGAGCAAUUAAUGGAUGACUGGUAUCAGAUGGAAAAGCAACCGGUAAAGAUGUUCUUGUUCGCCAGACUGCUUCAGCCCCCGGCGUUUUUCUCAGCUCUCAGCAUCAAAUUCACCGGCCGCAUCGAGUUCAUCUUCGUCGACGUGCGCAACUGGGACAACACCAGCUGUCUGGACGAGAUUGGAGUGCAGCAAAUGCCCUCAUACAUCCUCAAAACACCAGAAGGCAUCUACAGAUACGGCAAUAGCACCGGGGAAUUCAUUUCCUUGCAUGCCAUGGAUGCAUUUCUUCGGUCCGUACAACCAGAAGUCAAUGACUUGUUCAUUUUGAGCUUGGUUAUGGUCAAUCUAAUGGCUUGGAUGGACCUUUUCAUUACACAGGGAGCCACCAUAAAACGCUUUGUGGUUUUAAUCAGUACACUAGGGACUUAUAAUUCCUUACUCAUCAUUUCCUGGCUGCCCAUCCUUGGUUUUCUACAGCUUCCUUACCUGGAUAACUUUUAUGAGUACAGCCUGAAAUUAUUGCGUUACGCAGACACCACUACUAUUGCCUCUUGGGUCCGGGCCGACUGGACCUUCUAUUCUUCUCAUCCAGCUCUCUUCCUCAGCACUUAUCUAGCCCAUGGCCUUCUUAUCGACUACUUUGAGAAGAAAAGAAGAUGUAGCAAUGAAGACCAAAAUGCAAACAACCUAGAGUGGUUGUCAAGUCUCUGGGAUUGGUACACCAGCUACUUAGUACAUCCCAUUGCCUCGUUCCAGAACUUUGAGUCAGACUGGGACGACGAUCCCAAUUUCCUUUUGGAAAGAUUGGCAUUCCCAGACCUCUGGCUUCGCCCGCUGGUUCCAAUAGACUACAUCAAGAACCUGCCCACCUGGAAGUUCAGACUCGCUCAGUCUGAGGGGCCCAACCGAGUGGACCAAGACAACCGACAAAAAACUAUGACGAACCCAAAUGGCGGCUCCAGCGGGGACCAGGAAAUGCAUCACUGCAGUUCAGAAGUUCUUCACGAUAAUAACAAUGGAUUUUCGGCUCCAAUGAAGUCAGAAGAGUCGUGGUCUGGUGGAGAGGAACAGGACACUGAUUGGUCUCAUUGGCCUUGUGGCAUGCUUCACUGCACUGAGUGUGUUGUAUGUCUCGAGAACUUUGAAACAGAUUGCCUUGUCAUGGGUUUACCGUGCAGCCAUGUUUUUCACCAGCAGUGCAUCGUGGUCUGGCUAGCUGGUGGGCGGCACUGCUGCCCUGUGUGCCGGUGGCCAUCCUACAAGAAAAGACCCACAAGACAACAUGCAACUGAACAGCUUGAGCCAGAAUAGCCCUUGUCCAAUUAUUUUACGUCUUGUUUCCUGCACUUAUUUAAAAAAGAAGAAAAAAAAAAAAAACAGACGACUUGAUGUGUUCAUCUUUAGUCUUUAGAUUCAUAACAUUUGCACCUGGGUUUUUGUUGGUGGUUUAAACUUGCACAGUUAAUAAUAUAAUUCAUACUUCCCAAUAUUUUUUCAAUCUUUUUUUUUUUUUUUUUUUUUUUUUGUUAAUGGGAAAACUUGAUUUGGGUCAAAUACCUUGUACGUAGAUAAAAAAGAAUAGAUUUUAAAAGCUAAAUUAUGCAAAUUAUAAAAUAUUGAAUGGUAAAUUCAAUGCAUAUGGUUGAAAAGUUUCUGUGCUAGCACUCAUCAUACAUCCCGAUCAGACAGAAGAGAAUACAUAUGGUCCUGUACUUGAGAAUUACAUCUUGUGUUCUAUGUCUCCAAAUGUGAAUAAUCUGUCUAAAAUUGAGCUACACUACUAAGUCAUUGGGGAUUUGAAGACUUGUGAGUCUUUAUAUAAAGGAUUAACCGUCUGGGCAUGUCAUUGUUUUUUUUUUUUUAAGAAGAAUAGCUUUACAUAACAAAACUGCCCUGUGCACAGUUGAAAAUGGCUUAGGCACUGACAUGCAAUUCUUAAUGGCUCCAUCUGCCAUUUAAGUUAUUUUCUUGUUGGAGCAUGUUAGUUUGUUUAUGUCUGAACAGCAUUUUGCCACUAACACUAAUAAAGGAUUUACCCCCUUGACUUUUGCUGUUUGUCAGAGUUUAAAAGUGAUUUGGGAACUUAAACCUGUAAUUUCGUUCAAUUCAAUAAAGUCCUUUUUUUCACCA